UCAUUAGUGACCAAGUAAUCAUGCCCAUAUAAAUCUCCACUCAAACCUUUCCCCAGAUAUCAGGCCACCGAGGCAAAAUGAGGAACAGAUUUCUCAGUUCAGCCCUCUGUGGCUUCUUAUCUGUCCUUGYAUUCUUCUCUGAACCCUCUCAUCAUCAACCACUUCCACCUCUCCCAAACCCAAGACUCCUGACUACCUACGCAGCUCUCCAGGCAUGGAAACAUGCAAUUCUGUCCGACCCAAAGAACUUCAYUGCAAACUGGUGUGGUCCCCAUGUCUGCAACUACACCGGAGUGUACUGUGCACCAGCCCCAGAUGACCCUCAUAUAACAACGGUCGCCGGAAUUGACUUGAACCAUGCCGACAUCUCUGGUUCCUUGCCGGAGGAGCUUGGACUCCUCACCGACCUGGCUGUCUUCCACAUCAACUCCAAUCGCUUUUGUGGAACCAUCCCUGAAAGCUUUCGGAACCUUCACCUUCUUUACGAGCUCGAUGUUAGCAAUAACCGAUUCACAGGCCCCUUCCCUUCUGUUGUCCUUUGCCUCCCUUCACUCAAAUAUCUUGACAUCCGAUACAAUCAAUUUGAAGGUGACGUUCCUACCCGCCUCUUCGACUUGAAGCUCGACGCACUCUUCAUAAACAACAACAGGUUUAAAUUCUCCCUGCCCAGAAAUAUCGGCAACUCCCCGGUGUCGGUGCUUGUCUUGGCAAAUAACAAGCUCGGCGGCUGCCUGCCUUCAAGUUUGGCAAACAUGGUUGGACUGAAUGAAAUUAUUCUCAUGAAUGCCGGUCUAACAUCGUGUGUGCCACCGGAGAUUGGACUUCUGAAGAACGUAACGGUUUUCGACGUCAGCUUUAACAACUUGACGGGGCCGUUGCCGGAUACAAUGGGAGGAAUGAAGAGCCUGGAGCAGCUGAACGUGGCUCACAACAAACUUACCGGUGAGAUCCCAGAAAGUAUAUGCCAUUUGCCGAGGUUGAAGAAUUUCACGUACUCGUAUAACUACUUCUGCGGAGAACCACCAAUCUGUCUCAAGCUAAAGCACAAGAACGACCGGAAGAAUUGUAUCCCAUAUCGUCCGUCUCAACGGUCACCGGAGGAAUGUGUAGCGUUCCUAUCCCAUCCUAUACAUUGCGAUGCAUUUGGGUGUUCUCCGAGUCCACCUCCGCCGCCGCCGCCACCACCGCCCCCACCGAUUCAUUACUAGUAUAUAUAUCCAUGGCCAUGACCACCAGUAAAUUACUGUGUAUUAAAUCUUAAUUUCUUUGUAACAACUGUUUCUAAAUAGUAUCAAAUUAUUAUGUUUCUCAACGA